AGAAGAAGAAUCGAAAGAAGGACCACGUUGUGUGUUGUAGUGUGGUGACAGUGACUAAAAAGCUCUCCCACACAUUCUGUUUUAUUGGAAGAAAGGGCGACCUGUUUUAAGUUCUUUAUUGCCACAAUGAGUCCUGGAAGUGCUCAAAAAAACAAAAAGAGGAAGUUGUCAGAUUCUGGCAUAAUGGCUCCCUCACCACAACAGAAAAAGCCAGGAUUUUUCACUCCUCAGGCUGGUAAAAAUGCCAAUAAAGGGAAGACGCCGAACAGUGGCAAACCUCAGCAAAAAGCUGUGACCCCUAAACAACAAAAUGUGCAGAAAAAACAAACUCCAAAACUGACACCAAAACAGACACCUGUCCAGCAAAAGAAUUUAGUAAAGGCCAAUAAUAAUGGUAGCAAUAAAAAGCCAGUAGCAAAGAACCAGAGUGGAAAGAAGACUCCCACAGGCAAAAAAGGGGGGCAGAUGGUAAUGCAAGAUGAUGACGACGAUGAGGAGGAGGAUGAUGAUGACGAGGAUGGUGAAGUACUGUUCAAGAAAGGGGCGUUAUUCAAAGGUCUUCUUCAGGAGGGCGAUGAUGAUGACGACGAAGACGAUGAGGAUGACGACGACGAGGAUGAUGAUGACGACGAUGAGGAUAUAGAGGGUGAAGAUGACGAUGAAGAGGACGACAAUGAUGAUGAGGAUGAAGUUGCUCCUCCACCAUCAAAAAAGGCUAAGAAUGGAAAUCAAGCAGCUCAGAGUGGUAAAGAAAAUAAAUCUGUACUUCAAGCUACCCCCAAACAGCAGCCACAGGAAAAGAAACCCCAGACGCCUGUUCCUAACUCAAGUGAUAGUGCGCGGAUAAAUGAAAGAGAUGCCAAGACCCUGUUUGUUAAAAACAUCCCUGGAAAUUGCUCUGUGAAACAAAUUAAAGCCUUGUCUAGUGACAUAAAGCAAGUCAGACUGAGGAUCAACGCUACAGUUCACAAGAAAUCUGGACGUGUGGGAUAUGCUUAUAUUGAGUUUGCAAAUGAAGCAAUGGCUGAAAAGAACUUCAAAGAAUUGGCAAACAGCAUGAUUCAAGGACAGACUCUUGUUGUUGACUAUGUUGGAGGAAAGAGCAAGUUUCAGAAGGACAAGAGCAAGGCUCAAGUUGAUGAAUUUGAUCCUCUGAGAUUGUAUAUUGCCGGAAUUCCCCCCGACACAAAGGAGGCUGAUGUCAGAAAAUUAUUCCCCAAGGCAACAGAGAUCACACUGCCCAUAAGGAAAAAGACAAAACAAAUGUUUGGGUAUGGCUUUAUUGCGUUUUCCACGGCUCAGCUGGCCAAGCAGGCUCACGACAAAUGUCAGGGCGCAGACAUCAAUGGGAACACACUUGUAGUGCUCUACGCAAAGAAGAGAAAACCCCAGACUGAGCAAAAGGCCAAGCCUCAGGCCAAAAAAGAACAGCAGCAGAAAGCCCAACAGUCGCCAGCAAAGAAAGCAAAAAUGGCCCCAGCUAAGGAGGAAGAUGAUGAUGAGGAUGACGAUGAUGAUGAAGAUGAUGAAGAAGAUAUGGAUGACCAAGAAGAUGGUGGUGAUGAUGAUGACGACGAAGACGAUGAGGAUGAUGACGACGAUGAGGAUGAUGACGACGACGACGACGAUGAUGACGACGACGACGAUGAUGAUGAAGAUUAAUAUAUACCUUGAGAAUAUGGGGAUAACAUACAAUAAAUGUUGCUUUUACACAGGA